AUGCUGCACUCCAUUCUACUCCUGGCCCUGGCGAGCCCGGUUGCCCGGGCUGCGUCGACGCUGUUUUGGGGUGGCACCAUCAUUGCCUUUAGCAGCAAUGACGAGUCGCUGAGCGUCAUCCGCAACGGCUCCGUCCUCGUAACAGACGAUCGAAUCGCCGCCGUCAGCAGCCAGGGCCAGCCGGGCGACCUGCCCGCCGAUACGCUCCGAGUGAACGUCACUGACCAGAUCGUCACGCCCGGCUUCAUCGACACGCACCGUCAUGGAUGGCAGACGGCCUUCAAGACAAUCGGCUCCAACACGACGCUCCUCGAGUACUUCUCCCGUUAUGGUGAGUUCGCGGCGGCUGCCCACUUCCAGCCCGAGGACAUCUAUCUCGGGCAGCUCAUGGGGCUCUUCGAGGCGUUGAACGGCGGCGUAACGACGCUGCUCGACCACGCGCAUCACACGUGGUCCAACGCGACGGCCUACGCCGGCCUCAAUGCCAGCAUUGAAAGCGGUGCCCGCGUCUUCUGGUCCUACACGUUCCACAACAUCACCUCACUCAACUACACCGUCGCCGAGCAGAUUCCCAACUUUCGCGAGAUGGCCGAAAGCGGCAUCCUCGACGGCACCACCACAGAGCUCGGCAUCGCCUUUGACGCCUGGGGCCCGGACCCCAACGUCCGAGAAGCGCAGCAGAUUGCCGACCUGGCCCGCGCGUACAACGUGUCGGUCGUCACGACGCACAGCCUCGGCGGGCCCUGGGGCAACGACAAUCUGCCCGAAGACGUGGAAGGCUUCGGCAUCCUCAACGGCAGCAUCCCCGUCGUCUUCUCGCACGGCACCUUCAUGACGGCGCGCGGCGCGGCGCUGCUGCGCGCGACCAACCAGUACGUCUCGGUGACACCCGAGUCCGAGAUGCACUACGGCCACACGCACCCACACGCGUACGUGCUGCAGGACCAGGCCGCGCUCGGCGUGGACACGCACUUCACCUACUCGAGCGACAUCCUCACGCAGGCGCGCGUCUGGCUGCAGUCGGUGCGCUACAAGUUGUCCUGGGACGUGCUCGAGGGAUGGGGCCUGCCGACGCGGAACCCGAUGGGCACGGACCAGGCGUUCAAGCUGGCGACGCGGUCCGGCGGGCUGGCGCUGCGGCGGCCGGACCUGGGCGUCAUCGAGGUCGGCGCCAAGGCGGACCUCGUGGUGUGGAACGCGCGCGACUCCUUUUCGAUGCUGGGAUGGGUCGACCCCGUGGCGGCUGUCAUGCUGCACGCGAGCGUGGGUGAUGUCUGGGACGUCAUGGUAGACGGCAAGUUUGUUAAGCGAGAGGGCAAGAUGGUGGCCGGGAAGCUCGACGAGGUGCGGGCGCGGUUCAUGACGAGCGCGCGAAAGAUUCAGAAGAUUUGGCGAGAAACGCCGUAUCCCGCAGCCCCUCAAGGCAAGUCGCCGAACGGCUUUCCGUAUGUCGUGCCGACGAUUGCGGAUACCCGGCGUGGAGAGGGUAAUGGGUAUGGUGAGCUCUUUGUCUAG